AUGGACUGCAAGAAGAAGCCUCUCCCUGUGAAAGCUGAGAUAGAGCUGGAGCGAUACCUGAACAUGUGGGGGUGCGUCCACAAGCUGACGGGUCACCAGUCCCUGACCAGCGGCAUGGAGCUGAGGGACAACCUGCUGGUCAGCGGGAACGCCGACUCCACCGUCCGCGUCUGGGACGUCCGCACCGGCCAGUGCCUCCACACGCUGCAAGGGCCCAACAGGCACCAGUCGGCCGUGACCUGCCUCCAGUUCUGCCGAGGUCUGGUUCUGUCCAGUUCUGACGACGGGACGGUGAAGCUCUGGGACCUGCGCACUGGAGCCUGGGUCAGAGACCUGGUGUCUCUGCAGAGCCAGGGCUCUGGUGGGGUGGUGUGGCGAAUCAGAGCGUCCGACACUCGGCUGGUCUGCGCUGCCGGCAGCCGCAAUGGAACGGAGGAGACCAAACUACUGCUGCUCGACUUUGAGCCAGAAGGGACAGGAGGAGACGAGUGA